AUGACCUAUCGUAAAACCUUACCAGGGAAUGGCACUUCCUUACACACGGAUGACUGGCUUCCUUCGCUGGGCUGGCGACCAGCUCCUCACCACUUGAACUCAACAAAGCUGUGGGCGACAAUCCAACAGGAGGCCAAAGACGAUGCGGCAGAGGAGCCGGUCUUGGCAAGCUUCUUGCAUCAAAACAUCAUUUCCCACUCGUCUCUUGGCAAAGCAAUGGCGGUCCUUUUGGCCAACAAGCUGUCCAGUCGCACUCUGUUGGGCACACAAUUAAUGCAGCUGAUAUCAGAGGCUUACAGGGAUGACCCGACAAUUUUGGAGGCAUGCGAAGCUGAUCUGCACGCGGUAGUUGACCGGGAUCCUGCAUGCGAGAAGUUCUCCCAGUGCAUGCUCUACUUCAAAGGCUUCCAGGCCAUCCAGUGCCAUCGCCUGAACCAUUGGCUCUGGAGGAAUAAUCGACGGGAGCUUGCGGUGCUACUGCAGAGCAGAGUGUCAGAGGUGCUGCAUGUGGACAUCCAUCCAGCAGCAUCCAUAGGCCGCGGCAUUUUGAUGGAUCACGCCACAGGCAUUGUGAUUGGAGAGACGGCUAUGCUCGGGGACAAUGUGUCCCUCCUGCACCAGGUCACCCUGGGAGGAUCAGGAACUGGGAAGGGUGUGCGUCACCCACACAUUGGGCACGGAGUGCUGCUGGGAGCAGGGGUGUCUGUAUUGGGCCCGGUUGAAAUUGGGCCAGGCAGCAAAGUGGGCGCUGGCAGCGUGGUUGUGACCGACCUGCCCUGCCACUGUGUGGCUGUGGGUGUGCCAGCGCGCAUCAUCAGGCAGGCCUGCGCAGAGGAGCCGUGUGUCAACAUGAACAUGGUCGCCGAUUUUGUUCUAGAUUACACCAUUUGA